AGAUAGCAAGACCCAGCUAGCGCCAACACUGGGAGCCUGUGAACCAGAAACUAAACGCUAAAUUUGCGACAUUGGCGCCUGAGAUUGAAGCAAAAUUGAAGCAUUAUUCUGUGGCUAAGAUGUGACUCUACCUCCGUCGAAUGUGUCUCAAACGACAGAAAUAUGUGCCGGUAACUAUCGCGGUUAACGUGAAGACGAAAAGGGCAUCUCUGUGUGUUUGACCGAGCAGCCCGAUCGUAAUCUUCGGAUGAGAGUUCCAGUGUGAACGUUGGUGAACCAUCACGGCAGAAACCCCCUUCUGUUCAACUGAACCGACCCGGUCCUGGUUACUGUAGAGGCGGCCGAGGGGGGAACCACCAAGACUGUCACCAUGAAAUUCACGGAGCAUCUCUCAGCGCACAUCACCCCGGAGUGGAGAAAACAGUACAUCCAAUAUGAGGCUUUCAAAGAGAUGCUGUACGCUGCUCAGGACCAGGCUCCAUCUAUUGAAGUCACAGACGAGGACACAGUCAAGAGGUACUACGCCAAGUUUGAGGAGAAGUUCUUCCAGACGUGUGAAAAAGAGCUGGCCAAGAUCAACACCUUCUACUCUGAGAAGCUGGCUGAGGCUCAGCGGCGAUUCGCCACGCUGCAGAACGAGCUGCAGUCCUCGCUGGACGCCCAGAGAGAGAGCUCGGCUAACGCCCGGGGCCUGAGGAGGAGGAAGACGGUGUUCGCCCUGUCGCAGCAGGAGCGAUGCAAACACAGAAACAUAAAGGACCUGCAGCUGGCCUUCUCCGAGUUCUACCUCAGCCUCAUACUGCUGCAGAACUACCAGAACCUGAACUUCACAGGUUUCAGGAAGAUCCUGAAGAAGCAUGAUAAGAUUCUGGAGACAUCGAGGGGGGCUGACUGGAGGGUGGCCCAUGUUGAAGUGGCUCCAUUUUACACCUGCAAGAAGAUCACACAGCUCAUCUCUGAGACUGAGGCUCUGGUCACAACAGAGCUGGAAGGUGGUGACAGACAGAGGGCCAUGAAGAGGCUGAGGGUGCCUCCACUGGGAGCUGCACAGCCUGCUCCUGCUUGGACCACCUUUCGAGUGGGACUUUACUGUGGAGUUUUCCUCGUCUUAAUGGUUACUGUAGUCAUUACAGGAGCGGUGGUGAUCCGUAGUGCUGAUGUUUGGCCUAUGGUCCGGAUCUACAGAGGAGGAUUCCUCUUGAUAGAAUUCCUCUUCCUGUUAGGCAUCAACACCUACGGCUGGAGACAGGCAGGAGUUAACCAUGUUCUCAUAUUUGAACUCAACCCCAGAAACAACCUGUCACACCAACAUCUGUUUGAGAUUGCAGGUAUGCUGGGGGUGCUGUGGUGCGUCAGCCUGCUGUCGUGUCUCUUCAGUGACAGUAUCCUGGUGCCGAUGCAGGCCAACCCUCUUGCUCUGUACGGCUUGUUCUUCCUCUUCCUCAUCAACCCCUUCAAGACGUGUUACUACAAGUCACGCUUCUGGCUGCUCAAGCUCCUGUUUCGCGUGGUGACGGCUCCGUUCCAUCGUGUGGGCUUCGCAGACUUCUGGCUCGCCGACCAGCUGAACUCUCUAGUGGUGGUUCUGAUGGACCUGGAGUACAUGAUCUGUUUCUACAGCUUCGAACUGGACUGGAAGAAACACGACGGGCUCAUCAGCAGUGAAGGUAGAGACGUGUGCAACUCCUACUCCUACGGCGUCCGUGCCGUCAUCCAGUGUCUUCCUGCGUGGUUCCGCUUCGUCCAGUGUCUGCGGCGUUACCGUGACACCAAGCGGGCCUUCCCUCACCUGGUCAAUGCAGGGAAAUACUCCACAUCUUUCUUUGUCGUCACCUUCGCUGCUCUCUACAGCACGCACAAAGCUGAGAAACACGAUGAUGCCCAAAUCUUCUUCUACUUGUACAUCAGCUGUUUGGUGGUCAGCUCCUGUUACACACUGGUCUGGGAUCUGAAGAUGGACUGGGGUCUGUUUGACCGCAACGCAGGGGAGAACACGUUCCUGAGGGAGGAGAUAGUCUACCCUCAUAAGGCCUAUUACUACAGUGCUAUAGUGGAGGACGUGCUGCUGCGGUUCUCAUGGACUUUAACCGUCACCCUCAGCACAGUCUCUGGUCUGCAUGGCAUCUCUGACAUACUAGCGACUGUUCUCGCCCCGAUGGAGGUCUUUAGGCGUUUUGUGUGGAACUUCUUCCGCCUGGAGAACGAACAUCUGAACAACUGUGGUGAGUUCAGGGCCGUCCGAGACAUCAGCGUGGCUCCGCUCAACGCAGACGACCAGACGCUGCUGGAGCAGAUGAUGGACCAGGAGGAUGGAGUCAGGAACCGGCAGGGCAAGAAGAGCUGGAAGAGGAGCUACAGCAUGAGUCUACGCAGACCACGACUCGCCUCGCAGUCCAAGACCCGUGACACCAAGGUUUUGAUAGAGGACACUGAUGAUGACUCCUGACAUCAGGCCACGCCCCUCGCCUGGGUCCAGAAUCUAUUCAAAGGAGGGAACUCCGCCUCCUAACCGAGGAAUUACCCAGCGAGUCGGGCGUCGAACUCUGAACCGAGGAUGAGUUUUGAACUCUCAUGCCUACAUAAUCCUUUUCCAGUGCACGAGCCUCUGCCUGGGCUCAGAACUUAGAAGACUUGAACAAACAGCCCAGCAGGACGGCCACAGAGCUCCCACUGCUUCCUUCAAUAAUAACCACAGGUGGGAUUAUCACUUAGACUCUGUGAGAGACAUCUCUCCCUGACAUCCUCAACCACCCAGAGGUGGACUCUAGAACUACACUCACUCCUCAGCCAUUUGCUUUGGUUCUCAGCCUAGCAUGAACAACACAGCUAAAUGGAAUGCAAGCCGAUCACCCUGACAGGAAGUGUCCCCACUCCCUCUCAGUGCCACACACUCCCACACAGGGAGAGGCCGACACUUCCAGCCCAACUGCUGUCCAGGUCCAAAAGGUCCCUCCCCCCCCGCCACCCUCAGCUAUUAGUCUCCUCCUCCAAUCCCAGCAUCCAGGUAACACUUAGAAAAAGGCCUUGAAUAAAUGAUGUACCAUUUGCACCUGAAGAAUCCACCUGUAGUCUGGACCUGGAACUGAACCUGAAGCCCCUUUUUGUUUUUUCGUGUGAGUGAAUAAAAGGGUCACACCGUGUGCCCCCCCCGCCGCGCUGGUCAACAGACGAACAUUUGGUACCACCAGUCAGUCGCUGGCUUGACUGUCCGUGCUCUUCAGCUUGUCCCAUCAUCACAGAGCUGCCUACCUGCACCUUACAUGCUUUAGACAUACUCUCUCUCACACACAGACAGACAGACAGACAGACAGACAGACAGACAGACAGACAGACAGACAGACAGACAGACAGACAGACACUUUAUAGGAAGAGUGAAUUGCAAUGCCUAAAGACAGUGAUUUUAAUAUGUUUUAAUUGUUCAUGGACAUGCAACACACACACACACAAACACACAGACUAUAGAUUAUUUGUAACCGUUGUUGUAAAUAUGACAUGGACCAAAACAGGAAGUGGUGUGAAAUUGAAAAACUACUGGAACAGCAGCUGGAAUGACUGUUCAGCUGAGAAACAACUUGUUGUUUCUAGAAGAAGAUGAUGGUCUGAAGUGUCCCGCAGUAACUCCCAGUCACCCUGUGUGAGAAAAUAUCCUGAAACAUUACUGCUGAAUGUAUGCCAACUUAUUUAUGUAUGUAUGAGUGGGAACGAUGCCUGAACACCACCUGUCAUCACCUGUAGACCCAGCACUUUUUAAAAAUCAACCCGAGGAAUUUUAAUUUGUCCCCUGAAACCUUGAGAGAAAAACAGAAGACUGAUUGAUCAGCAGCUGCUGGUUCAUGAAAUAGUCUGUGAUGUUGGUUCAUUGAAAUGUGAUGAUAAUGAUGAUGAUGAUGAUGAUGAUGAAAAGGGGGGAGGUCACCUGUCUGUCACUUACACCCUCAAACAUGCAGUCAGAAGGACUGUACAGUUCAAGCUGAAUCUGAAGGAAGUGGCUCAUCCAGCUGGUUUGGUGCUGAAGGAUCCAUGUGGGUUUGAAUCUGAUUGAGGAAGUAAUUUUAAUAUAUUUGUAUGUUCAAUAUAUAAUUGUAAUAUUCAGCACAUUGUGAGUUUUCUUCUGAAAUCGCCUUUAUUUUACCACAGUAGCAGAGAGAACCAGGACUUUUAUCUUGAUUAAAUUAGAAAGUCUUACUUGCUUCCUGCUGCCCAGUGAAGUGAACUCUAAACUUCCUCCAUGUUUACCUGAUGCCUUGAUAAAUUUAGCGUUAUGCUCUAAUUAGAUCAGUAGAUGUGAACAUGUGGUGAGUACAACAACAUGUCAGACAUGUUUAACAUCAGUCAGGAGGAGAAACUGAAAUGAAUCAGGUGUUUCUGUUAAACAGAGAAACUGAACAGCUGACUGGUGUAAGACCUGUACCUGCUGGUCUUUAUUUGUUCAUGUUAUGAUACCAGAAUUUAUGUGAAUUUCCAUUAACGGCAACCAACUGCAGGUCACACACAGACACCAUCACAUCAUCUGCAUAUUGGCGACUCUUUUCACAAACUUCUUGUCAUCAUGUCAGCGCUGCAGACACUAAUGUCAGUGUGUGCUGCCAGAUCAUUGUUGUGUUUCAGCCGCUGCAGUGACAGGUGGUACCAUCUGCAUAUUUGAAUUGGCAAAGGUUUUUAUGCCGGUUCUUCCUGCCAAUCCAGGGAUCAGUGCCCAACCUGCUCUACCAGCUGAGGAAUGCCCCCUCCCCCACCCCUGUGCUGCCAAGUCAUUAGAGCCACAAAAUCAAAUCAUCUCUAUGGUUUGGUAGAGACGGGUAGUUGUGAUUACACUGGAGAAAAUGUUUUCUAUAUGUUUUUAAUAGAGUGAAGAUUAGAGCUUAGUUUUUCACAUUCCCUAAGUGGUGUGACAUAUUUGAAGUGGGGGCUUGCUGCUCAGCGUUAACACUGAGAAACUGUGUUAAUAGAUAGAGCUUCUGCAAACUUUAUUUACAACUUCCUCUGGUGUGUAAGUAAAUCUUGCAACAUGAAACAAAGAUUAAACCUCAGUCAGGUCAUCUGUGCUGGUUGCAGAUGUCAUAAAAAAAAAUUAAAACACAGCAGUCAGUGUUGGGGUAAAAUUUAGCCAUUGAAAUGCUGCAUGGAGACACCACUACUCCAUAGUACAAAGGAAAUCCACAAGAUUUUUUUGCCCCUCGAGGUUCAAAGUUGAUUCCACCAACAGCUGGUUGUCCUGACAGCAUUAACCUUUUAGGGGACAGAGAGCUACAGAGUCCAUAAAGGAAAUAGCUCGUAGCUCAUUAGUUGUGUUGCACCCUUCACUUUUAUUUAAAAUCCUCGGAGUAAAAACUGUUUGCUCACAGUUGUGAAACAGGAGUUAAUUCUACAGAUACAAAUAAACUGUGUGAUCUUAUUGUUCCAUUAGUAACCAAGCUAAGCUAACGAGCUAAAGGAUGUUAGCAAGCUGAUUUUCUUUUCUCUUUUAUUAAACUUUUUAUUAAACACUGUGUACAACAGUGAACAACAGACCAGGAGGGAGUAAACAGAACAGCAGGGAGAAUCUCCAGGGGUUAUCCUAGAGUUAGCUGUGAUUAGCUCACCAGUAACAGCAGCUCAGCAGUUAGCCUAUUAAACAAAACAUUUAGCAAUGACAUGCAGCUUAACUCUGCUCCACCACCCAAACCCUGACCUUACAGGUGCCUCCUUGGAGCUGGAUUUUGGCAGCUCAGGAAGUAGCUUGAGGUUUGCAAUAAACCUCUGUGCCCAUCCAGGAUGAAGCUUUAAAUUGGAGUGAGCUAGAAAAUGUUGAUCUUAAAAAACAUUAAACUGAAAACAUUUUUAAUGAGGUCUUUAGUUCAGUCAUAUAAAAUGCAUCUGUGGCUGCAGCUUUUCCUGGAUCCUUUGUCGUUUCAUGAUACAACUACAGUCACAGAUGAGCAGCUCUCUGACUGACCUCAGUUUGUCUCUGGACAGUAAAAGUAGCAGCUCUAAGUUUUCUACUUUGCCUUUUGUUGCACCUCUGGAGCUCAGGACUCGUCUCUUGUUUCUAUCUGUUAAUCAGAACGUUUUUUACACAAGCUUUGAAACUGCUGUCUGUCUUCUAUCAUUUUCUUGCAGCGGACACAAUCAUUCCAUCCAAAGAGAACAGUUGAACUUUCUAAAGGACUUUUAUUUUCUACUUCCUCAGGUUUUCAUGUUGAGAGACGUAUUAGAUUAUCAUAAACCCAUUAUUCCUGUGUUAUAAAGAUUUGAGCUCAGGACAUAGUUUUGCACCUUAGCCUGCUGAUGCACAAGCAGGACGUGAGCUUAUUGACUUCCUGUCACCUGAUCCCUCAUUUUUUUUUGGCAGUCCUUUAAUGAAUGUACCAUUUGAGACCUUUACUCCAUGAAUGUAUGUUUCUCACAUAAAUACACCCAGAGAUCUGCUUUAGCAUAGCUUUUAGCUUAGCAUCCAAAUCCAGGAAGUAACAUACGAUGAUCUCUGAAAACUGUUUGUGUCCCAUUACAGAGCCUGAUGGAGUUGUGUGUUUCACAUGUUAUGUGUUUCUCUUGUUGAUUGAUGAUUCUGUUCCGGCAUGCUGACCAUGCUGUGACUGAUUUGGACCAUGGUGUACUGGGAUUAAAGUUAGAAAACAUACCUUUAGUUCUUCUUCCACAUUCCAGGUGAUGCCUCACUCUCCCAUUACAUCUGAACGCCACACUUGUAUGUGGAGGUUUGUGAGACUGUGACAGACGGUGAAACUAUCCCCCCUUUUCCAGGUGUCAGUCCAAAUGAAAGCUGCCAGUCAAGGACAGGGCUGGGUCUCACACACAGACAGAAGUGUGUUGUUUGUGAGAUACCGUGUUGGCAUCUCACAGUUAAAGUUCAGGAUUCAGAUUCCAGAUUUCAAUCAGAAUUCAUCUGAUUUUAUUCAGGCACAGUUCUGGAACAACAGCUUGUGUUUAAACAUUUAAAUCCUGAAACAUUCGGCCUCUUUUGUCAGAUGAAAACAUGAGUUGUGUAGAAACCAGAACCACUGAUACCCAGCUCUGGUCCAGAGAGGCGGAUCCUUCUCGACCAAACAGAAGUUCGUUCCGAACGUCUUAAGGAUUUUUUCACCAGUUCCAUUUUCCAGUUUCAUCAGGCCUUAUGCAAGAACAUGUUCGUAUUCUUUUUGUUUGUACUAACAUCACAAGUCAGAUUCAGCAGACUGGUAUUGGCCUGAUGAUGUUACCUGUUCAUGUGCAUAUGACACUGUAAAGCUUUUCUCAUUGA